AAACUUCUGCCUCUCUGUCCUGAGCUUUUGUAAACCCCGUUAGGCAGCAUGGAACCAGCUGGAGAAUCGGUGGGACUUAGUAAGGGGACUUACUACGGGUACGUCCAGUGAAUCGUGGAAGGUGGAAUCCGAUGUGAUGCAUGAUAUCUAAGGGUGAAUUUGGGGGUCUUUUUUGUUCUUGACUUCAAAGCUGUUCUGCAGAGAAGUCUGCACGUACAUCUAGAACAUCGUGGUGGGAUUGAAGAAAAGGAUAUAAAUCAGAGUUUCAAUAGACCCGCCAAGAUGCUGGAAAAUUGGAUAUUGACCAUCCUCGUUUCCGUAGGCGUGGGCUCCAUUCUCGUCCUGGUGGCUGCGUUUAUGCUAGUCAAGCAUAACGCUUACGCCAAAAUCUUCUGGAACGAGAUUGUUUUGGAGAAGAUCACCAACUUCGUCAUGGAUCAAAGCAAAGAGCAGAGGAUUUUAAAUACGGUAUCGUACAACGCCGUCAAAGGGGAUCCGGAGAGUGUCAUGAAAUGCAUUGAUAAAUACUGCUCCCAGUACGAAUGGGCCAUGAACGUUGGGGAUGAAAAAGGUCUGAUUCUGGACAAAAUCGUCGAAGAAGCCGACCCCUCAGUAGUGUUGGAGCUAGGAACGUACUGCGGCUAUUCAGCCAUCAGGAUCGCUCGCCUUUUGAAACCAAAAGCUCGCCUUCUUACCAUCGAGUUCAACCCCGAGUUUGCCUCCAUUGCAAAAGAAAUCAUUGACAUUGCGGGGCUGAGUGAUAAGGUGACCAUCCUUGAAGGCCAUUCAGAAGACAUUAUCCCUCAGCUGAAGAAGAAAUACGAGGUGGAAACCUUAGAUUUUGUCUUUCUUGACCACUGGAAAGAGAGAUACGCCCCAGACACGGUUCUCCUUGAAGAAUGCGGCCUCUUGCGCAAAGGCUCCAUCCUUCUAGCGGACAACGUCGUCUUCCCGGGAGCUCCAGAGUUCCUCAAAUACGUUCGGAACAACCAACGCUUCGAAUGUACCAGUUACCCCAGUCACUUGGAAUACAUGCAGGUGGAGGACGCCAUGGAAAAGGCCGUGUACCUGGGAUAAGCGGGGAGGGAGAGAGAACUAACUCGUGUUCAACCUCUGGGUGUACGUGUGAGCACAUGCAGCUUAGUGUUUUAGUUUUAGUUUUUUGCCAUUUGGGGCCUCUUGCAAGCCUCGCCCCCCCACCAGCCCCAUGAGUCACUUGUAACACCAUGAAAGCCUUUUGCCUGAAUCCUUCGCCUCUCUCCAUUAUUACAAGUGUUUGAACAUCCUUCGCCUCUUUUCUUCUCUUCCAAUUUCCUGGUAUCCAGAUCCUGCCCCCACCCCCAAAUAAGUUAGGGAAGCAGAAUGGGACAAUAAAACAGCCCAAAAAACAACAGCAGUCCGAAGGGCUGAAGAAUACAUUCCCUCCGCCUCCAGAACCCAAAUGCAGUUUAAGCUUCAAGUACUUCACAGCCCAAUUUGAUCGGUCCUGAAACGCUGUAAGAAAGUGGCCAGCACAUAACAUUCAGAUCUUUCAUCCCCAGCAGGGAUGUGCGUUUUGGAGAGAAAUGAUCCUAAACAAUCCUGACGUUUCUAAUGAAGACCAAUUAGCUCAACGAGAAACAUUGGCGGAUCCCAGCAACUGAGACAGUCUGCUAACAUGGGGGAAAAAAAAGAUUAGGGUCACUCACCGAUGGUUUUCCCCCUCACUGCUUCUCAUGUAUUCAGGAGCGAUUUAAUUUGGUUUAAUAAAGUCGAGCAAACCCUUCCAAGAGAAAA